UCCUCCGGCUGCCUCCUCGCGCUUCUCUCCUCCCACGCAUCACCGAAGAACCAUCGACCUAAUGGCCGACGCCGUCGUUGUCAACGCCGUGCCCUCUGCGGACGACGCCCAGGAGCACCCCGUCGCCGCGCCGGCCCCCGCCCCUGCUGCUGACGAUGGGAAAGGGAAGGCACCCGCCGCCGACGACGACAAAGGAAAAGGCAAGGUGCAGCCCUGGGAGGGGCGCCCGUGCGUGGUGCUUGCCCUCCAGGCGGCGACGGCGCCGGCGCUGGUGAAACCCAAGCGCAAGAGACGCCGCCAGGCCAUCCCCGCCCCUGCACCGGCCGCCAACAGAGUGAGGUUGGAGUCCCGAGAGGUCCACGUCGCGGUACAUGCGCUCCCGACGACGCGGGUGCCCCCGCCUGUCUCCGAGAACCACCUGCCGGGCAACAUUCCGCGGAGGCACGCCGGGUAUAGACAUACAUCGGGGUGCGACGCAUGCGCGUUAGAGCAAGCGCACGGUGGAAGACACUACAUUAAGCCAAGAGGAAGGCCCAGACCACGCCGUGCUCCUCGUUGCGAGCUUGAGUUUGGACGGUGGUGAUUCAUCUAAAGGUUAAGGUGUUUGCCGUGGAUACUGAAUAAGGAGUCUGGCAAACAAUUAGUAAUAAUAUGGAUAAAACAUUGCCAUGUUUGCAAUAGCAUUACAAAACAUGAUGUUGACAUUUUGAUGUCCAUUGCUGUUCUCGUUAUGUUUCUCGUGGUGGCUUGCUGAUUCGCAGUUUCGUACUUGAAACUAUUGUUUUGUUUUGGUAAAUGCUGUGUGUCAAUGCUCC